UGAUGACGACGACGACCAAGAAGCCGAGCUGCCCGUGCUGCCACGCGUCCUCGGUGCUGCUCCUCGAGCGCCGGCUGCUCUGGAUCUGCGGCGCCUGUGAGCAUACGUUUGCUGCGGCGUCGAGCGCGCAGCUCGUCUCGUUCGUCGGCUACACGCGGCCAAAGUUGAAGAUCUUCCUCUCGUAUGGGCACGACCACUACCAGCCCCUCGCCAUGGCCAUCAAGACGCAGCUGCAGGAGCGAGGCCAUUACGUCUGGGUCGACCACGAGCAGCUGACGCCAGGCUGCGACUGGGAAACAGACAUAUCCAAUGGCCUCAACCGCGUGAAAGAGGCCCAGGAGCACGGCCGUGUCUUGCUGCUCAUGACGCCGCACGCGCUUCGGCGCCCGGACGGCUAUUGCCUCAACGAAAUCGCGCGGGCCAUCACGCUGCGUCUGAGCAUCUUCCCGAUCUUCCUCGCCGCGUGCGAGCCGCCCGCGUCCAUUUCGCACCUGCCGUACUUUGACAUGCGGUCGGUGGUGCCAACGCGCGACGACGAAGAGUCGCUCGACGCCUGGAACGCGCGCCUCGAUACGGUUGUGCACAGCGCCGCGUUCCGUGACAGCGUCACCCGCUGCCUCAGCCUCCUCGAGCUCUGCGACAGCAUGCUUGCAUAUCCCAUGGCCGCCAUUGCCGGCGUCGACAAUGUCGGCUUGUGCCUCCCCCAGAGCCUCCCUUCGCCGCCGGUCGCCGCGCUCAAGCCCGAGGCCGGCGCGGCCAACUCGCGCUUUGUGUUUAGCUUUGGCGAGAAGUGCACGGAGCUAGCGCGUCGGCUGUAUACCGACUUGACUGCCGCAGGCUUUGCGAUCCACGACGUCUCGCUGCAGCCGCUGCGACCGCGCAUGGCGGCCGAGCACGAAGACGCGCGUCGCAAGGCGCUCGACUGGGCCCAAGAAGAGAAGAACGGCAAGCUCGUGCUCUUCAUUACGCCGGGCAGCGUCGGUCGACCCCACGGCGUCUGCCUCAACGAGAUCUCGCUCGCCAUGUCCAAGGGCCUUGGGUUCGUGCCGCUCAUGCUGCGUCCGUGCGAGAUUCCGCUGAGCAUUUGCCGCAUCCAGUGGCUUGACAUGUGCGACGUGUGUGCGGUCCACCGUCACGAGGCGUCAAAUGAGAUCGCGUGGGGCCUCCAUGAAGCCCGGUACAAGACCCGCUACCACCAGCUGCUCUCGGCCCUCGACGGCCAAAUCGGCCUUGAUCACGACGGCCAGCAAGCGCGGCUGUUUAGCUUGCUCUCGCCGUUCUCGUUCCAGUCGCAGAUUUCCAAGCUCACGCAGCUCUUUGUCGCACGCGAGUGGGUCCUCGCCAAAUACGAUGCGUGGGUCCAGACACCGAACGGGAGCCGCAUCUUUGUCAUGUCGGGUGUCAUUGGCUCGGGCAAAAGUGCUAUUAUGGCCCAAAUUAUUCAAAACCGCCCGGAAAUUGCAGCCUUCCACUUGGCGUCGCACGAAGAAGACCAGACGCAGAGCGCGCGCCGGUGCGUGCUCAGCCUUGUGUACCAGCUCUCGACGCAGCUGCCCGAAUAUGCCAACGUGAUCAACUCUCAAGAGCCCCUCGAAGAAAUCGUGCCCGUCAAGUCGCUCGUCGACCUCAUCCACGCUCUUUUGAUUGCACCGCUGAGUGCGAUUGCGCACCCCGCGUCGAUUCUGGUGCUGCUCAUCGAUGGCAUCGACUGCUUUGAACCGGGCUUUGUCGCCACGCUCACGGCCCACAUGGACCUCUGGCCGUCGUGGGUGCGGUUCGUCUUUGGGACACGCGAGGACCCGAGUGUGCUCCAGACGCUCCAGGCGUACAUGCCGCCCGCGGUCUCGCUGGACCCAUCGCUUCCAGACUCGAAGCUCGACAUCAAGGCGUAUUUGCAUCUCGCGCUGACGCCGCAACUGACGUCCGAGAGCCAAAGCAAGCGCAACGAGAUCGUCGACUUCAUUGCAGCGCGCUCCGAAGGGCUCUUUCUUUACGCGCGCCACCUCGUGAACGCGAUCGCGGUCGGCCAGCUCCAGCUGAACCAGCUCGACGCGUUCCCAACCUCCAUGGGCGGCUGCCUUCAGCACUGCUUUGAUGCGCAGUUUCCGUCCAUCGAGUACUACAAGAAGACGAUCCGCCCCGUACUUGAAGUGCUCUGUGCCGCCAACGAGCCGCUGCCGCUGUCGAUGUUCCGCUCCAUCUUGGCGCUUGCGGUCUACGAGCAGCAAGACAUUCUGGCAUGGUUUGGGUCGCUCUUUUACAUAACCGACAGCGACAUCAUCAAGCCGUUCCACUCGAGCGUCUUGGAUUGGCUGCAGGACGCCAAGUCGGCGGGUCCAUAUUUCGUCGACGCCGAGAACGGCCACUACGCGAUCGGUGUCUGGUGCUACAACGAGUACCAGCGCAGUGUCAAGACGGGUGUCGAUUUCUCCAAACUCGAUUUUGACCUCGAGACAGCGCGGGAAACCGCGACGCGCCGCGCACGCAUCUACAUUGUGCGCCACGCCCGCCAGCACCUCGAGCAACUGAUUGACGAGACGCAUUUUUUGGCGGCCAUGGACAUGAUGAUGUUCUUCAACACGGACGACACGUUCCUUUUGGCCCAACGACUCCUUAGCAUCCGCGAAAUCGGUCUCCAGAGCUUCUUCCACGGCAAGAUCUCGCGCGACCAAGCCCAAGCGCUCCUCAAGCGCAACGCGCAGCCCGGCGCGUUCUUGAUCCGGUACAGCUCGGCCCAGAAGGCGUACUGCGUCUCGUUUGUGCCGGCGCGCAUGACGCCGGGUGUGUACCAGCACAACCUCAUCUACCAUCUCAACUCAGGCGCGUACUCGCUCGCACCACCGCACGAAGUACAUGCGACGACCGAGAUCUUCUCGGACCUCGUGAGCUUCGUCGAGGCAUUCCAGCGCCGUGGUAUCCUCAAGGCACCGAUUCGCUGCGUUGGCACGAUCAACCGGUCGAUUUCCAAGUCGGCUUGAGGAAGGUGACGUGGCGGCCUCUCGUGCCAGAUCCCGGCCGAAACGCUUCCUUUUGUAACCGCCGAGAGGGUAGUAUCGUGUAGACCGUAGUAAAACGCUCAUCGACUCAGUUCUGAUGUUUGCGAGGAGAUGGCGCCACGUCAUUGAACGCCCAAGCCAUACGAGCUCGAGUGUGCGAUCUCUGUGCAUGCGAGACUGCCCGAGCGCCCAUGACCCGCCACCACGAAGCUCAAGGACUGAGUGCCCUUGCUGGGCUGCGGCUGCUACGAUCAAUGAUGCAUCGGCUUGAACUUGGACGAUGCAUACCACUUUGAAAGACCGAAACUACACUACAGUAUGCUACCAAACCACAACCGCGGUUGCUACAGUCUCGCAUGCCGCCAACGACGACGACGACAACGGAAACUCGAUCGCACGCUCUGCAGCAACCGCCUUUGGUUGUUGACGCGGUUAGAUACGAGUAUAAUUUACACUACAUUUCGUAGUAGCCACGGCCUACCUCUAG